AUGGCUUUAAUGCUCGUUAUUAAAAUGAUUAAAGUCAAACUCAUGUUUCUCCUACCCCUCAUUAUCGGAAAAGCAACGGCUAAAAAACUUUUACUUAAAGUUUUACUAUUUUUAAUACCUGGAUUAGCUCAUCUAUUUAAAUUGUGUCAUUAUUAUCAUGCCGAACAUGCCAAAUAUCAUCAUCAUCAUCAUAAGAUUAAACAUCAUCAUCAUCAUAUAAAAAUACCCGUACCGGUACCUGUACCGAUUCACGUCGAUCAUCACAAUCAUCUUGAUGGAGGUUUACCUUAUGGUCCUCCAUCAGGCGGAGGUUAUGAUUAUCCUCCUUAUCCGCCACAUUCACCACAUCACACGUCUGCUUCAGGAUCUGAUUAUAAGGAUUACGAUUCGACGGGAGGUGGAGGAGGUGGAUCGGGUUACGGUAACGAUUAUGGUAGCGUAACUCAUUUCGGUGACAACGAAGCUCAUUUAUCAAGUUGGGGCCUGGGUUCGAACAUACACGAAGCCGGAGUUUUAGAUGCUAAAAAUCAACCGAUUUACUAUAAAAAUCAUCCAUACGCCGGUGGAUACUAUCCCCACGAUGCUGCAGGAUCACACAGUCAAAGAUAUACUACUAAAUUACAAUUGUUAACACCGAGACCACCGGAUGGUUCCACUGUGUCCGUUGCGUCGUCACCUCCCGUACUACCAACCUACGAUCCAUUUUACAGUCCGAUAUUGCAAAAAAUAGAUAAAAUAUUCAAUCGUUUGGGUUUCAACGACGAACCGUGUAGGGAAAGGUUAAUUUGUAGCAUGUAUAAGACGCCUCAUCGUUUUAGCCCUCACAGUAAUUUACUUUCACACGAAUUAAGUCGGGAUGCAAAAGAUUUACAAAAACCCGUUGCGAGCAAUCACGCCGUUCUUCGCUUUUACAAAUACGUACAAGCAGCAAGAGAUGGACAAGAUAAAAAAGAUUGUCUUCGUUUGUAUUCAAGAUGUCCGAUAAAUACGGAAUGA